AUGCCCGUCUUCCAUGACCACCUGGAUUCCUCGCCCAAGAGCCCUGCGGCCGGCGACCAUGCCUCCAAUGAGUCCUCACCACUGAACUAUUCUGGUCGACUCUAUUUGCAAACCACUUCGAGGACCGAACAGGAUGGGGCUUUUGACCCCACCCUUCUCAGGCAUGAUGGGAAGCCCUCUGCGCUCAACCGUCUUGAAUUGAUUGAGCGUAUCAAGAGAGCGAACAGCCCCUCGUGGUCACAGCGGCACUCUUCGAGCCGUGCUCCCGCUUUGCACGCCUCGAGAGAAGCUAUUCAGACGCCGGCCCAGAUAUCAGUUCCUGAUGUGCACCCACGUCAACCCACACCUUCCUCCAAGAGCCCUACUCCCCGAUCCGAGUCGCGAGAUCGCCCCAUGACCCUGCGUCGUAUAUCCACCGAACGCCGGACGUCUCGUCCAUCCAGUCCUGACCCUUUCUGCCAUCAUGAAGCUGCAGGCAUACAAAUCGAGCGCCCGCGAUCUGCCUUUCAUUCGGGCGACUUUAAUGAAAAGGUUGUCCCUAAGCACAAUGAUGGCUCAGUAGUAGCCUCAGGCCCACCAUUGGCGACCUCUCCAGUGGCACCCUGGCAUCCAUCGUUCCCUUCCAGUGCAGCGCCUGCCGCCCGUAAUGAAUUCUCACAAGCUCCGCUUGGGCCCUACGAGGGCCGCCAGAGCCUGAGGACUAGGGCCGGCUCGCAAUCCAUCCCUGCAUUUCCUUUUUUCCUGAUGCCCCCGACGAGCCCCUUGGUUCAGCAGUCGAACAAUACCGACUUGGAUUUCACCUCCAGACCGUCGUCCAGACAAUCGUCAACCAGUCCCGAAAGGAGGAGUAGAAGACACACAUUCUCUCCCAAGUCGUUCCAGACGUACCAAUCCAGGCACCUGCCAGGUUCAGAGUCCGACCAGCAAUGGAGGAGGGGAGGCGCAAUGCCAUAUCAAGCCCAUCAGCCCAGGCGGUCAGUGACAGGGUUUAAUGCGUUCCAACCACACUCCAGUCCGCAAACCCCAUCCAUGUCUCCCCAAAGACCGUCCUUCUCUGAAGCGUCGCCGCUGCACCACGCACCCAUGGUAGGGUCCUAUGAAGAGUCCAUCCUCCGUGGGAGAAUGUCAACAACGCCCUCCCGUCCGCUGAACUUUGUGGCUCGGAUAGGCGUCCUUGGUAAGGGGCAGUGUAAACCUAGCUUGCGCUGUCCACCUCACGUGACGGUUCCCUUCCCAGCCGUCUUCUAUAGCUAUGGGGGCGGCAACAGUCGGAUAGCUGACAACUCUCCAAGUCCCUACGUAGGCCUGAUCGACUUGGAAAACACUCUUCCAAACCCUGAAGACGGCCAGGAGUCGAAGAGGAAGAGGCGACACACGAUCCCCCAACCUAUGGCCGAUGAAGUCGAGCAGCCUGGGACCGACUGUCAAGGGCCCACUCUGUCGAACGAUGGAGUACGACGGCGGGAGAAGCAUAAGAGAAGGUCCAAUUCACCUAGGGCGCCCCCUGGUGGCAGCUACCGGAUCCCUCAGCAGGGCCAACUUCAGAUCAUCAUCCAGAACCCAAACAAGACGGCCGUCAAGCUCUUUCUUGUUCCUUAUGACCUGUCCGACAUGGAGCCCGGCCAGAAGACGUUCAUAAGGCAGCGGAGCUACUCCGCUGGCCCUAUCAUCGACAUGCCCUUGGCCAACCGGAAAAACUUGGGGACCGACCGCCCAGAAGCCGCCCUCACCGGCAGCGAGGAUCCCAAUGACCGCCCCAUACUCCGUUAUCUGAUUCACCUGCACAUAUGUUGUCCAUCGAAGGGCCGCUUCUACCUUUAUAAGAGCAUCAGAGUCGUCUUUGCAAACCGUGUCCCCGAUGACAAGGAGAAGCUACGGAAUGAGAUCCAGCUGCCGUACCCAAAGUACAGCACGUACAAGCCGCAGCGGGACACGUUGGCCGCAAACACUGCUUCGAUGGCCUCAGCACAAGUAAUCGCGGAAAGCGUAAUUGCGGAGAAGGCUCGCCGUCGAAGGAGUGCCGGAUUUCCACUUUCGCAACAAGGGUCUGAGCAGCGUUCGGUGUUCCCACCCGUUGCGCUGCAACAGUUCAGUGGAGCAACAGCACACAUGACAUUUGCGCCCAUUUCCUCCUUGCCGCCCACCCGCUUCAUCCUGUCUGGCACAGGCGUUCUUAGUCUACCCGGGGAUGCCGUUUCCCCCACGGAUAUGAACUCUAGCAGUCCCUUUGCAUCUUAUACCGAGUCUGAUCGCUCCCGAGCAGAUACAGAUAGUGGUUCUCUCCCGUCGACCAGCGGACCCUUGACCAGCUUCAGCAAGAGAAGUGUGGGCUCUAAUGUUCAAGGGUCUCAUGGGCCGGCUAGAGCUGGGGAGAGCCUGCUCGCUCGGAAGCUCCGUGGGCUGGACUCAAUUUGUCGGUCAGCGGUGAUCGUGUUAAGUGCAAAUGGGUCUCGUGCUAAUAGGACAAGGCGGCCUUUGACCGCUACAAAGGCGGGCGCACAGACGAGUCGUGAAUGUUCAUGCCCAAGAGACGACUUCCGUCACUACCCACACUUUCACCGUCUCCCCAAAGCGGUCCGCUCUGAUCAACCGCACAACCUUUUGCCUUCCACAACCUUCACCAUGCGUUCCUCCGUCUUGCUCUCCGCCUUCCUGGCUACCACUGCGUCCGGCUUGCCAGCUGCCACGGCCCCAGACGAGCGAACCGCCGUCUCCGCAAAGGCGACCGGUAUCAAUGUCCCAACCAACGCUCACUCCAUCGCCGCACCCGUCACCGCCCAGGACGACCGCGCCGCCACCCUCUACAAGCAACCCAACCGGCCCAGCGGAGGCCAAAACCGCAACCAUCAAGACUGGAUCGCCCUGCCGGGGAACUACCCCGGUAGAGGCUUCUGCAUCGACAUGUCCAACCUCUUUGGGAACUGGGACGAGGCUACGCGCUCGUUGAGCGUCGAGAAAGGGUUCCGGUGCGCGUUCUACAGCGAGGUGGGUUGUAGUAGCAGCAAGAGCAAGGGGGCCAUGUGGGUUGAACUUGGGGAGAAGGACAAGGAGGUGCUUGUUGAUGGGUUGGGGAGGAUGGAUCGGCGGAUUCGGAGUGCCGAGUGUUGGAGGUUGUAGGCCGUGAGGGUGAUGUGGGAUAGAAGGCAUGGGUAGAUGAAUGGUGAGCUGGGAUUCCGUUCUGGAAUUCGGAUAGAUGUGGUGGAUUGAUGGAAAACCUUGGAAUCCUAUCGUGACG